AUGCCUGUUCCUCGCGUCCUCUUCCUGUCGGCUCUGGCAUGGCUGUCUCCGUCCGCGUCUUGCGCGAGUGUGGUCUCUGAGCACUCCCGUGCCCUUGACGAAGUCGAGUUGCCAAGCUUCUUUGAUCAGACCAUUGGAUACUGCUUGCUUGAUGAAUUGGAUGAAAUCACCGAACUGAGCAACUUGAUUGCUAGCGAGAGAUCCAUGGUCGGCGAGUUCUUGGAAGAAGUCGAGACCGACAUUGGAACCGUCCUGGUUGCCAUUCGAGAACUUCGUGGAUUCACCAAUCUGGUCCGCAUUUACGCCCGAAAUCCUCUUUUGACAGACGUUGUGGUGCUAGAAAGUGUCAUGAACGUGUUUGCCCAGGGCCCACCCAGGAGUCUCUCCACAGAUUGCAUUGCCGCUUACACUCGAGCAUUUAUCUUGGGGACACAACUGUUCAAUAUUCUCAUGAGAGUCAAUUUCCUGCGUCCGCCAGAUGGAGCUGCGACUGUACUUGAUGGAACUCCAAACGUAACUGCAACCAGUGAAUUCGAAAAGAGUGCCUUCGACUUCGGCGUAAUCGAUAAUAAUAAUGCAAUCGAGGACUACCGGAUGCUUGAUACUCCAGAGGAGAUUGCGCUGGCCAUUUCCUAUGUCAUACAGUUCAUGGAAGCGCCUGGUCGCACUUUUGAAAAAUGGGCAAACGCUGUCAUUGCCGGUUUUGAUGCAGAAGGCAUGUCCGCUUACUUUGAUAUUGCUUGGAUUGGUCGAAUCCCAUUCGGUGGAGCCUCAAGGUGGGAUGCGCUGGCUGUUGCAGCUGUCCCAAUUGUUGCAAGGGUCGGCGCGACAUAUAUUAAUGGCUUUGAGGAACUCCGGGCUGGAUAUGCAGCGCUAGAUGCAUCUACGACGCUCGUUCAGGACGUUCAAAAUGCAUUUGACCAAGUCACUGCAGCUUGCAACGCCCCUACAGAGGUUCCCUCGUCAGCCCCGACUCUUGGGCCAAAUGGCAUUAAUCAAAUUCUGGGUGUCGUGGCGGUUGCAGACGUGACUUCUGCCAGUGCCGACGAAAUCCAAGCCAGUUGGAAUGCGUUCCGCGGCAGAUGGCCCAAUCGCUUCUUUUGUUUGCUCCAGCCGACUGGUUUUGACAGCGGCGACCUCAAAGUUCCAGUUAAUUUUGUCCUGGAAGGUACCGACAAGAAGGUAUACAGAAACAUCCGGAUUGACAACGGAAACUCGUACUUCCAAUCGAACUGGUUUGACCUGUGCAACUUGUACCAAUUCGAAGGAACCGAUGUCACCAUUUUCCCCGUAUACUUUGGUGUGGCGGAGGCACAAAUCAGAGCAUCUUUGAGCUUUUUUGUCCAACAGGUCACGUCCAGAGGUGGAUCAGUCAUCGAGGCUCCAGCCGUUGGAGGCAAUGGGAACUGGAUCGAUCCCUUGUUCAGAGAAUUUGCGGCCACCUAA